AUUUAUCGCGCAUAUCGGAGUCGUCAGAAAAACACUUUUUCCGAAGCGGGUUAGUGAUGAGAAGCGUGUGACGGGUGCGCCAAGUAUUAUUUGUUGCCCACCUGCCCCCGGCGGUGAGAAGAAGACUCGACUAGCGGAAAAAAUCGGGAAUUUACGGAGUCGGAUUCGGGCCGCAUCGACGUGUCAAGCAACAGCAACAGCGGCGGCAGGCCGCAGGGUUAAUUGCAAAUGGCGUCGCCAGCCGAUGACGUUUCCGAUGCAGGACGAGAUUUUGACAAGCUGAAGUUAUCGCCGGUAAGAACAGCCGACAAUACGGAUUCCCGGAACGAUGCGAAGGUUUUCGAGCCUCAUCUUUCGGGUUUUGAGACCCGCGAACUCUACAAGAUUGCCUUAAGCUUCUACAAAGAAAAGGAAGGUAAAGCCGUGCAUUUGUCUUACGAGGACAAGCUGAAGUUGGUCGCAUUUACGCAGCAAGUAAUGCAUGGAAAAUGUACAGUAGAAAAUGCACCCCCCUUGGGAGUGCUGGACAUGAUAGGUCGGGACCGACGAUUGGCUUGGCAAAACCUUGGCGACAUAUCGAAAGAAGAAGCUAUGGAGGGUUUCAUAGUAUUGCUGGACAAGCUAUGCCCGUUGUUCAAGACCGUAGUCGAGGCGCAGAAAAGGGAUCUGGAGGAGAAGGCUAGACUGAAAAAAGAAGAGGAGUUGAAGAGGCUGGAAAAGGAGGAGGAGCUCAGGGAGCUCGAGAAGCAGCGGCAGAUCGAAGAGGAGGAAAGGAUAAAACAGGAGAGCCAGAGACGGCAGAUACAGGAAGCGCUGAACCAGCAAACCUAUCAUCAAUUCAAGGCCUACGCCGAGCAGCAGUACCCCGGAAACCCGGAGCAGCAAGGUGUACUGAUAAGGCAAUUGCAGGAGCAGCACUAUCACCAGUACAUGCAACAGCUCCAUCAGAAUCAGCUGGUGAUAGAGGAUCAAGGCUCGGACACUGAGAAAAAAGAGAAGCUAGCGGAGAUCCUGAGCAGUGAGAGUGAGAAGAAUGCUGCCGAUUCGAACGAAACUACGCCACUGAAUGAGAAUGAUUCGGAUGAAGCAGAGCCGGAUUGGCCACCUGUGUCGGCGGCUGAAAUGUGGACUAGAACCGGAGUGGAAGAGUUCAAAGAGAUCAUUCGCAAGGAAGCCGGCGAUGCUGUGAUCAAAGUUGGACAUGGGGAAACCGUCACCGUUAGAGUUCCUACCCAUGAGGAUGGCUCCUGUCUAUUUUGGGAGUUCGCAACGGACGGGUACGACAUAGGGUUUGGGGUUUACUUUGAAUGGUCUAAACCGGAGACCAAUCAAGUCUCCGUCCACAUCAGCGAAUCUGAGGAUGAAGACGAGGAGGAAGAGGAGUACGAACCCAGGGAGGAUCUGGAGAAUGGAGCAAUGAACGGAAUCCCAAAGUCUGAAUACAGUAAACCAAUCACACCGCCGAUCAGUGUCAUUGUACCUGUCUAUAGGCGAGAUUCACAGGAAGAGGUUUAUGCCGGUAGUCACCAAUAUCCGGGACAAGGUGUCUACCUCCUGAAAUUUGACAAUUCCUACUCGCUUUGGCGGAGCAAAACUCUAUAUUACAGAGUAUAUUACACGCGGCCGGGCUUUACAAAUAAUUAGUAUUGUUAAAUAUGUAAGAUAAUGAACUACUUAAGUACGUCGCACAGCUAUUUAACAUACUAGCCUGAAACGACUGUCUGUACGCUAGUCUAAACAAAACAAAACAAAACGACAAAAAUAUAUAUAAAUAUACAUCUAUAUUUCACGUACUGUGUCACCUC